AUGGUCUACCAGGCAAAAGUUCUCUUCUUGUCUUUGCUGUUGAUAGGGUCGUGGCGACUCGUGGUGAAGAACAGCAACUUCGUGGAUUGGUUCGAGCUUCCCAGCUGGCUGCAAGGGAUGGGUCUGCCAAAGAAGCUGCCAAAAUGGUUGAAGCAGCCAUUGCAUUAUUAUGUCAUCCUUUACUUCAUGUUGGGCGUCUUGCUCUUCAACUCCUUGCAUGAUACGGUAAAGAUCAUGUGCAAGACGGACUUCAUGGAUGUUUGGGCCUUUCACCUCCCGGACUCGGUGCCCCAGGAAGAGCGGAACUUUCCCCGAUGGCUCUUCUCGGUCUCUGCAUACACCCCGCUGGCCAGCAUAGCUACGUUCGUGGUGUCUGUCGGCCACACUCUCGUGCACUUCAGCGCCAUCAGAGGCAUCGAGCUACAACAGGUCGUGGACCAAGACCGGGCAAUCUUGGUGAUUGCUCUUCCUGCUGUAUAUGGUGCCAUGGCCUUCAAAUCUGUGAUACGGAUGUGGAUUCUUUUCACGGGCUGUCAAAUUGGGGACGCGUGUGGCUCCCCAGACUCCUCUUGGGAAACGAAGAAGACCUUCAUCCUGGAUGCCUACGACUCCAACUACGAUACCGCGGAUCUCUACGAAGCCUACGCGCUGUACCUUUUCGCGCAGCUUUGCAUGUCGCAAGUGACGAAGAGAACUUCGGACUCGGGCGCCUCCACCCUCACACAGACGGUCGAAGCUUUGACGAUGCAAGGGGUGAUGAGCUUCGUGAUCGUGUGUUUCCUGCAAGCAACAUACAAGAUGGUGCUCACCAUCUACGUACGCCUCACGGAUGACACAACAUUGCCAGGCCUGUCACCCUAUCUGACAGGUGCAGGACUGGUUGCCUCAUCUGCUGCCAUUUCUAACGUGGUCACUGUUGAGCACAGCCUGGAGACGUAUUUGCACGACUUUCGGCCAAGCGCCAAAUUUUGGAGCGCAAAAGUGUUGGUGUCCAUCGCUUUCUUGCAGCAAACCAUCUUGUCCAUUCUGUCCCACUUCCUCGGCGCCGGCUUCACUGAGCUGCAGCAGAACCUUCUGUAUUCCUCUCUGAUUUGCUACGAAGUUCUGCUUGUCUCCUUCUUCCACAUGUACGCUUGGAGAACCAGUGAGCCGUGGUUGAAGUCCUCCAAGCAAGAGCCACUGCUGAGCGGCGGCCCUUGA